AUACCUUAAAACUUGCAGAAGAAGGGGCUUGGCUGCAUUGACAAAGACAGACAGAUAGCACUGUAGCAGAAAUUAGACAGCCAUGGCUGAGCCUGAGAAUACAGAGAAAACUCCUAUGCUCAAGACUUACUUCAAAGCUGGAGCUUCUGAUGCUUCCCAGGAGCUUCAACCACGACCCAAGUUACAGCAAAGAAUUAAAAAUCGUCGUUUCAUUACAUUGGUGAUUUCUAUACUUGUGCUGCUGGCUGCCAUUGUCAUUGUAGCAGUAGUGCUUGCAGUGGUAUUGAGUAGGGACUCAAGCUCCAGCAGUAGUACUUCAGAAGAGUCUCUUGUUGAUUCAGUGGAUAGUGAAGAACUGCUCCAGGCUUUGAGAGAUCUUCAAAAUACAAGCAUAAAUAACAGUCGCUCUGUUUUAAAUGGUUAUGAUAAGUCAGCAGAAUAUGUAUUCAAUGAGUUGGAAGACAAUGGUUAUUCACCAUACAAGCAAUACUUUACUGUUCCUGUUUUUGAGAACGUACGUCCUGGGGGAGCUUUGUUUAAAAUUGUUGUUGAUGGACACGAAUUUGUAUUUGCAGAGGCUUCACAGUUUAAUGUAAUGACCUAUUCUGGUUCAUGUGAUGAUUGUACGGGAGAUCUUGUGUCUGUGAUGAAGGAAGAGGACAAUAACUAUGGAUGUGAUGGGGAUUUAGAUAACGUUGAAGACAGUAUUGUUUUAAUGACUUACAAUGAUGAGAAAGGCUGCUCACUUUAUUUCAAAGCUGAAAAUGCUCUUAAUGGAGGUGCUAAGGCUGUAAUUUUUGGACGGGAUGAAGGUGAUAAUGAAGGUCCUCCAACCAGUAGAGUGUAUGAUAAAACUGCUAGUGGUGAAAUAAGGACAGUUGAUAUACCAGCAAUUGGUGUCACUGCUGCUGUUGCUAGUCAACUAAUGAACUAUAAUGCUCCAGAUCCGGUUCAAGUUUCCAUCUCUACAUACACAAGAGUAACUGAGGCUGUCACUUAUAAUGUAUUUGCUAAAACUGAGAGUGGCAAUAACGAAUCAGUCAUUGUUGUUGGCUCUCAUUUAGAUUCUGUUCCACCUGGACCUGGAAUUAAUGACAAUGGGUAAUAUUACACAG